AUGGCAGUCCUAAUUUCACCAGGUCUCAGGGUUCAGCUCAUAGCUGGCGUGUUGUUGACGACAAUUCCGCUCUGGCUUCUGGCCUGGCACUUUCGAAUACGCAAUCCUCUUUUCGUCAGUCGUCACAUACCGAUACACAAUGCCUGGACUGUAGAUCGCGAAACAUUCAUUCACGAAUGGACAGAAAACCAGAUCGGCAACCCACCCAACCGCUCAGCUAUCGCUCUCCUAUGCCGCAAACCGGAUAUCAAAUGGCGGCCGGAAGUUGUCAUGGACCUAGACGAUGCCAAUGGUGGUAUCGGCAAUGUCCGAGGCAACAUCUUUGACUUUCUCAGCUUGGCCAUCUUGACCGGAUCGUCAAUUAUGCUGCCCAGUUUCCAAUCCAGGUCAGCCGAAGACUUGAGCGCUCUCUGGAAUGGCAAGAUACAUUUCGACACUUUCUUCGAUACGGAUCACUUCGUUGCCACGUUUGCAGCAGCAUGUCCCAAGAUGGACGUUUACAUGCCAUCGAAGGACCAUUCUCUGGUUCCUCCGCUACAAAACCGCUAUCAGAUGCCCAGCAUGCGACAAGAUUUGCUAGAGGCUGGUACUCCAAGUGAAACUCCAAGCACCCCAGAAGAAGCAGUGAAAAACUUCAAUCACUGGUUAUCUGUGCAGCCAGACUACGACCCGAAAAAGACAACUCUUGUCAACGUUGGCCGCACCCUUUGGGAAGGACUCGACACGCGCUCUCUACCCGCAGCCGUACGCAGAGACUUUGGCGGCUCCCUCCGCCUUAUACCAGAAGUACGCAGACUAGCAGCCAUAGUAACCUACAACCUCGCUCUCAAAUACCAUCUCCACAACAUCGACGCUCGGCUUCCAUACUACACCUCUGCCUUCCUAGGCGCACACCUACGCACCGAAAGCGACGCCAAAGCCGCCGGCUGGCUGAACGACGAAACCGCAGCCGCACACGCAAACUACACCGGUCAAACCAAUGCCUACCUCUCCCAAGCCGUCGAACGCAAUCUCCCAAUCAUCUACGUGGCCAGCGGCAACGCCACCGAAAUCUCUCGCUUCGCAGAAAAAGCAUGGCACCUUCACUCCUUCAACGUCACUUCCAAGGCUUCUCUGCUCUCUGACCCUGACCUUGAAGCCCUUCAACAACUUACCUGGGAUCAACAGGGCUUGGUGGACUACGAAGUCCUGAGACGCAGUUCGAGUCUGGCGGGCUUUGCGAGGAGUAGUUUUGCUUUUAAUAUUGCGAUUACGAGGAAUGAGUUUGUGGAUGUGAAUCGAGAGAGCUUGAGACUGAGACCGCAGGAUUUGAGGAGGGAGGAUGUGGCGUUUGAUGAUGGGUUUAGUAAGAUUUGGGGACGGUUUCCGUGGCAGGAGGAUAGGAUGUUGAGGGGUGCUUGGCCUUGA